AUUCAGUAUUCAUCGUGAGUCGGCAGUGAGUGGAUCGUGCGGAAGUUGCGCGCGCGUGGUUUGUCUCUUAAGAAGCACGGUCGCCUCUCCUAUCUAGGAAGACCCUUCUUGUUUUUUUUUGUGUCGUCUGUUGUCUGCAUGUGCAUCGUUGCAUCGACCACCCGUCAGGGCCGUACAGAUGGGUGCGCAAUUGAAUAAGUAAUUAAUAAAUGUGUGCGACUUUCUUUUGUUUAUCCGGUGCAGUGAUUGGUUGAUUGACAUAUGUCUCUAAACGUCAUCACCGAAGGGUGCUAAGAGUUUGUGUAAUGUCCUGAAUCGCAAGCGUGUAGUUCUAAUCAAACAAUUUCUUAUCGCUCGCUUUGAAUCGAAUAGAGUGCAAUCAAAUUCGUUCAGUCGCGCAAGGUCAAUCAUCUACAGCUGUGACCUAGUUCGAGUGUGAUGUUUCCUGUGUGUAGAAGAUCGGAGGCGAUGAAAAAGAGAGAAGCCUUCGUACAGCCCCACGGUACCGGUUUUCAACAAUCGUAAGCGUGGGUUUAGCGAGUUACCGACCGACCGCGACCGCGGGAUCAGGUUUCUAAUCCGUGAAUCGAGUGACUUCGCGCUGUGUACGUGAAAGUAGUAUUCGUAGGAAAAAACCGCCCAAGAACGAAGCGAUAAGAUAUUGAGUUGUUUUCAGUCUACUACAUUUCGUAUUCAACCGUAAAGCGAAGGGUUGUACUGAAUAAAAAAGGGGCGAGAUUGUUUGAGUGAGGGAAGCAGUGUUUAGUGAAGACCGGAGGAUCUAUUUUUAGAAUCCGAAGCCGUGUCAUGCGGUGAGAAAAUUUCGUCGCGCAUGUUUUUGCCAUUAGAGAAAACGAACGAGUGAAAGUUCAACAUCCGCGCGUACGCCUCGACAUGGCUGAAGCGUACGAGAUGAACAGUGGCACUGUUAGUAGCAGCAGUCCGAGCCAAAGCAGCCAAAAGGAUACUCCGUUAGAGGCGGAUGAACAUCCGCGCGAUAAGGAACUUCAUCUGAUGGAAUCGGGAACGUUGGUCCAGAAACGUCCACAUACUCUCCAGCUGACACCGUUGAAGAUUCCCACACAGUCACAGUGUAGUCCUGGUUUGGGUGGUUCAUCGACAGCAUCCUCCCUGGUGGCGGCUAGACUGUUCAAACCGGUUACCAUCAGUUUCAAGGAUUUAUCGUAUUCGGUACGAACCGGUAUCUUCCGGAAAGGCCGAGAUAUACUGAAAAACAUCAAUGGAGAAUUUCGAGCCGGUGAGCUGACGGCCAUAAUGGGACCCUCUGGAGCGGGGAAAAGCACGUUGCUAGACAUCCUUGCUGGUUAUACCGAAAGCGAUUUCACUGGUGAGAUAUUCAUCAACAAGCAGCCGCGUGACUUGAAGCACUUCCGACGCCAGUCGGCCUACAUCAUGCAAGAUCAUAACCUUCAACCGCACCUGACCGUGCUGGAGGCGAUGCACUUUUCGGCCAACCUCAAAAUCGGUGCCGAGUUGAGCCCAGCCAGUAAAAAGAUUAGAAUGAAUGAAAUCCUCUGUGCCAUCGGUCUGCAGGACCACAAGAAAACGCGCACGGCGAAGCUAUCGGGUGGGCAAAAGAAGCGGCUGGCCAUUGCACUGGAGAUCGUCAACAAUCCGCCGGUGAUGUUCUUUGACGAACCAACCAGCGGGUUGGAUAUUUCUACGUCCAAAAAAUGUGUCGAACUGCUGAAACAACUCGCCCGGGAAGGUCGUACGAUCAUCUGCACAAUCCACCAACCGUCGGCUCUGCUGUUGAACAUGUUCGAUCAUCUGUUCACGAUGGCCGAGGGCGAGUGCAUCUUCACCGGUACGACCGGAAAUAUUGUGCCAUUCUUGAAGGAGAUGGAUAUAAUCUGUCCGGAACACUACAGUCCGUCGGAUUUUCUUCUGGAGAUAGCAACCAACGACUACGGACGACAGAACGAUCAACUGAUUGCCAAAUCAGAAAAUGGAAAAAGUACAGCCCACCGGAACCGGGAAUUGUUAACUCCGUUCCUGUUGCCGAUACUGGAGUCACCCGUUUCGGCGGACAACCCGCUACACCCACCGAAGGAAGAUACUCAAUCGCCGCUGGCGAAACCAAAGAAACUAGCCAAAAAAUUGUCGUUUAAUCCGGAAAAGUGGUGUGGGCGGGACGAAAUUUACACUACCAGCUUCUGCCGGCAGUUCUAUCUGUUGCUGUUGCGGACAUUUCUGAUUCUGAGCCGCGAUCGAUCGCUAAUGACGAUGCGGUUCGUCAUCCACUGCACGAUAGCAGCGCUGAUAGGGAUGCUGUACUUGGGCAUCGGAAACCAGGCGUCUCACAUUUUCAACAACUUCAACUAUGUGUUUUUCUCGAUUAUGUUUCUGAUGUUUACGGCGUUUAGCUCGAUGACGAUGGCAUUCCCCCUUGAAUUGCCAAUUAUCACCCGGGAACAUUUCAACCGGUGGUACUCGCUGCGAGCCUACUACAUUGCAAUGACCGUGGCCGACAUUCCGAUUCAGGCCCUCUGCACGGUAACCUACAUCGUCAUCACGUACUACAUGACCGGCCAACCUCCGGAAGCCUUCCGGAUGGGUCUUUUCACCAUCAUCUGCCUAAUGGUGGCGUGGGUUGCCCAAGGACUUGGGUUGCUGGUGGCUUCCCUUUUCGACGUCAAAAACGGUGCCAUCUUCGGGCCCUUCUUCAUCUGUCCGUUUCUGAUCUUUUCCGGUUUCUUCAUCCACCUGGACGACGCCCAUCCGGUGAUGCACUGGUUGUUCCACGUGUCCUUUCUCAAGUAUGCCCUGCAGGGUGCGACGGUGGCCAUCUUCGGCUAUGAUCGGCCCAAGCUGGACUGCGAGGAAACCUAUUGCCAUUUCGUGCUGCCAAAGAAGUUUCUCAAGGAGAUCGACAUGCUGAGUGCGGACUUCGUCGAGGCUGUGAUUGCACUGAUUGUGAUAUUUUUGGUGUUCCGAGUCGGUGCGUUCUACGUGAUGCGGUACCGGUUGAAGAAUAAGGUGUAACAGUUGUCCCCUUCCCUCCGAAUUAGGCCAGUUGUAUCCAGUUGCUAACGGUUAAAUUAUGUUAAUAAGUAAAGCAAUGUCGAGCCUACAUUCCUUCCUCAAGCAGAAGUAGCUAGGUAGUAAAGUUCUAAUUGAGAGUUAUCGGCAUGGGAGAGAGAGAGAGAGUAUAUAUAGCGAAAUUUUUUUCAUUGUGAUCAAAAGUUGUAAUUAUGACUAAGAAGUAAAUCCGAAUAAACGAGUUAUUCUAAACAAACA